AACGAGUGAGUAUGAUUGUACCAGGCCUGGAGCGAGCUCAGGGGCUCGAGUGCAAUUUUUCGACCGGCUUCGUGUGUCUGCAGAAGGUUAGGGUUCUAUCGUAGAACUUCAUCGACAUUAUAAUGGUCGAAUUAGCUCCUCCAGUUGCCGUGUCGCCAUUCAUUCGGGCUUGCCGAUGGGGAGCACUCACUGCAGGCGUUUUCUAUGGAGCGUACCAUUUCAGGCGAUUGAGUCGUAAGGAGACCAAGCUGCGCGAGUAUGAAGCCCAGCAAAUGGAGUUGAUGAGAGAAAAGCGGGAGGAAGAGAAGAGGAAGAAAAACAGAGAGGAAAUGAUUGCCCUGGCUAAGGACACCGGCACACCGAUUCCCCCCAACUUUUAGUCGGUCAUUCUGUAGCAGUGGGCUGCACCAGUCUUAGCUGCAUCAUGCUCCCCUCCAAUGUCAAUAUUAAAGAAAUUUUGUAAGAUAGA